UUCUUAUAAAUUCAUUGUCAUUGUUAUUCGAAUAGGGAAACUGCUGUCGUGUGUAUUUGCUAACUGGAGACUUUUUAAUAGCUAAUAUUUCCAGCUCAUUCUUUUCCUGUGAUGGAAAAUAAUGGCUACAUUCUCGCUAGGAAAGUUAGAUGCUAUUUGUGCCCGUCUAAAAUCUACCCAGCAGUCUCAGAAUGCAGAAGUUACCAGGGCUCAGGCCAAGGUCACCACGGCAUCACCUAAAAAAAUAUGUGAUAACAAUGAGGCUUCAGCAGGUGGAAAUGACUCAGAGCCCCUUCCUGCAAAAUAUUCUAGGCAUAGUAUAAUUAAAGAAUGCGCAGGGAGUGUCACUACUGAAAAGAACAAAGUACACAAAGGUGUGGUGCCCUCUCCAAAUUGUGAAGACAAAUGUGUCAGUACUAUCCCCAAAAACAAUAAUAACAAUGUUGAGACAACUGACUACAACGAAACAGCUUCUUCUUCUACUACCCCUUCUUCAUGCUCAACAUUCCAAACUGCUGACUCCACCACUGCUGAUUCCUUGGUCUCGUCCACAACAGGAGACAUUCCUAACCAUGAUGGCACCUGGGAUAAGUUUAUACUAAACCUCACCGUCCAGCAAUCUGGCAGCUCUAGUCCUGAAAGGAAUCCCUCCAGUGCUCAAAAAAAUGCACCACCCUUGUUUUCUCUUUCUGCAUCUUCAAAACUGCUGCAGGACAACAGCACCGCUUGUGAUCCACAUAACUCGUCACACCUUGAAAGUGAUCCACAGAACACUUCACAUAUUGAUAAUGUUCUGCCUUCUGGUUGUGAAACUAAUUGCCCUGAGGCAGAUAACUCUGCCAGUAACCAUGAUGUCAUUUCUUCAUCUACAUCAUUCCCAUUUCAGAAUGUAGAUACAUCAGCUAAUGUUGAAACUUUAAAAAGUGAUCCACCUGCCAAUGUUAAAACCUCACAGAACCCACCUUUUAGUGGUAACAUAGGGAAAGCUAAGAAUGAAGACAGCAGUGAAAAAAGAGAAAUAUCUAUCAAUGCUGAACCUUUUCAGAACCUAGAACCUAAUAGCACAAGCACCGAAUCAGUAUCAAUGAAUGGAGUAGAAUGCAUAUCACAGCCAUUGUCAGAAUAUGACUGCAAAUCAAAACCAUCGUCAGGUGUAUCUGGCUUCUCUAGUAAAGUAUCUCCCACAUGUCCUAGUCUUCCUGCCACUGGUAGAAGAAAAAGUCGUAAGGCAGCUAAGCCCCAAAGACAGAUGAAAGAUAAUUUUUAUUUUGACUUCUCAGAUGCAGACCUUGAGACUAGUUCAUUUGACAAAAGCAAUAUUUUAUGUGAUAAUUCGGAACUAGUAAUAGCUACUUCUACCAAGGCAGUGAUUAAGACACCAACAGCGGAUGAUUUAUUGAAAGAUGAUUUAUUGUGUCCCACCCAUCAAUCUACACCUAUGACUUUGUCUGACAUUCCAAUGAGGCAUUUGACAAGUGAAAAUGGUCAUUGUUUAAUAGGCCAGUCUGAAAGAGCUAGAGCCAGUAAAAAUGCUAGAAAGAAAUCUAAAGAAUUAUCCAAGUACUCUAGCUCCCCUCUUGAUCUAACAGACUCCAAAGUUCUUGUUGAUUAUGCCCAGAAUACUAUGAAUGAACUGCUUGGAAUUUAUGGGUUUGGGGGCUCAGAGGCCAAAAAUAUGUUACUCCAGAACUUUCAAAAUUCACCUGAAGAAAAGUCAUCAUUAGCAGUAGCUCUGGAGACAGUUAAUUCUCAAAAUAGGGAUAGAUUUGAGAGUUCACUUGGACCAGAUCAUGAAGUUGAUAUUAGUAAUACACUUAUAAAAAAGAGCCCCAGUUCUCAGCAACUAGCUAGUUCAGAAACUACUAAUGCUAUGGAAUCUGCCAGUAAAAAGUUUGUUGUACAGGAUUCCAUCACAAAAUCUUUGUCAGGUCGGAAAAAACACUACACACAUAAGCCCAUCAACUCUGCAGACUUCAACAAACACAUCAAAAGAUAUGGCACAGGCUUUGAGUGUGGUGGUAAACUCUGUCAAGACUUGGGAUACAGGGAACAUUAUCAUUGCGUGGAUUGUCCACACAAAGUUCUUCUUCGCAAAGAGGAAAUGUUACGUCAUUAUAAGUGGCAUAAGAAAAGACAAGACUCCCUCCAACAUGGUUUUAUGCGCUACAGUCCGACAGAUGACUGUAGUAAGAAAUAUGGCAGCUGUACUCAUAAUGGAAGGCAAACACAUUAUCACUGUGUUCAGAAUAGCUGUGAUAAAGUUUACGUCAGCACAUCAGAUGUUCAGAUGCAUGCCAACUUUCACCGCAAGGACUCUGCCAUUAUCCAAGAAGGUUUCCAAAGGUUUAGAGCCACUGAGGACUGUGGGACUACAUCCUGCAUGUUCUAUGGCCAGAGAACAACACACUUUCACUGCAGGAGGCCGCAAUGUCAUUUCACAUUUAAGAAUAAAGCCGACAUGGAAAAACACAAAAGUUAUCACCAAAAAGACGAGAUACUAAGUCGGGAUGGUUUCAAGAAGUUCAUGAAAUAUGAAGCUUGCAACUAUGCUAACUGUCGCUACUCCAGUACCAGCAAUCAUAUUCAUUGCAUAAGACCUGGAUGUCAGUAUGUUCUACACUCAUCUACUCAGCUCUACUCACACAAACGUAAACAUGAGAGGAGAGACUUUGAAUUUGCCUACAGAAACUUUCGUCACCUCCAACAGCUGACACCCAAAAAGAUGAAAAGAACGGGAAUGAAUCUGCCCAAAAUGAUAAAUCCCACUGUUGUUGAGAACAAUGUUAAGAGCUCUCCUAUCUCUGGCCUCUAUGCUGUACAGUCCAUACCAGUCAAUUCAAGCACACUGCCGAUAGAGACAAUAGAUACAGUUUUAAAUUUGAGUAACCAAAAAGCUGAACUCAAAGUGGAGGAAAGAGAGGACUCCUCGGAUUUUCCAAUUAAUUUAGCACAAGACAAGACUGCUGUUGCUGUUGAAGAGAAAAUCAAGUCAGAAGUUUCUACGCCAGAUAUUAGAUUGCAUGCUGUCUCCAGCUCAUGUAUUAAGAAGGAAAUAGACAGUGAGCUUGAGCCAGAGGAUUUGUCUCUAAAAAGUAGACCCCCAAACUUUACGGAGUCCUCUUUUAGUAGUGAAAAUACUCAGGUUGAGGGUCUUCCCAUGAGUAACAAACAGACAAAAAAAGAGGUUGACGACCCCAGUGUUUAUGGCUAUUGUGAACUAGAUGAUGAGACUUUGGAGGAUGAAGAUGAUGACGACGAUGAUGAUGACAAAGACUAUGGCCUAUAUGAAGAGCCAACUUUGGUCAAUACAGACAGAGAAGAACCAAUAGAAACGUGGCAUCCAGUGAAUGGUACCACUAGCUGUCCUACUUCUGCAAGCUUAGAAGAUCACAUGCUUGGUAUCACAGCUGGUGCUGCCACGUUAGGAAGCAAUAUUUCUUCACACAAGAUCAAAGUAGAACAUGUGCUGUCCAGUUCUCACCAGUCGCUCCCUGACCCAUCAGUUCUAUUAAGCAAUAAAAGAAAAACUGCGAUUGCUCAUAAACAUUCCUCACCAGAGAAAAGAGAGAGAGAUGAAUCAUGGAAAAAGUACUUGAUAAGAUACACAGCCAAUGAUGCCUGUUAUUCUCGCUGCUCUUGCCUGUAUAAGGAUCACUACCACUGCCGGGUAGAGGGUUGCCAGGUGAUAUUUAAAUCUAAAGAUGGUGUGAGGAGCCAUGCAAGGUUUCAUGACCUUCAAGACAGUAUCACACCUUUAGUUUACCGCCAUUUCACUAGCGGCCAAGCCUGUAAUGAAACAAAUUGUCAGUAUGACCAAAAGGAGGCUCAUUAUCAUUGCAAUUGGACCAAUUGCACUCAUAUUGUGCCUGACUCAGCCCCAACUUUUGCUAGAUUAGAACAUUAUCGCAUACAUGAAUAUGCUGCAACCUAUGUAGGGAAAUCUAGAAGUAUUAUACCAGGUUCAAGGAUAGACCUAGACCCCUUGCACAAACGCAGAGGAAGACCCCCAAAGUACCCAAAAUAUGAUCUACCUAUUGUCCCUAAAGUACAUCUUACUGAAAAAGAAAUAACAGAUUCAACUAUAGCAUUUAUGCAUAACAGAUGCCCAGAGAAUAGCAGAAUCAUCAAUGGCUUUAAGAAAUUUGUUGUCCCUGAGUUGUGUCCAGAUGAGAAGUGUCUUUUUAAAGGGAAGGAUCAUUAUCACUGUGGACGCAAGUUUUGUCAUAUGUCAACAGACAGGAUGGAUGUUUUGAAUGUGCAUGCAAAGGAGUUCCACAACAACAUCACCAUUUUAGAAGGAUAUGAGUUUUUUGAGCGAAUGGUGAACUGCCGUAGGCCUGUGUGUCACAACAACAGAAUCAACCGCCAUUUCCACUGUGUGAGGUCUCGAUGUGACUACAGUUUUGUCAGACACAGCACUAUGGCACAGCAUAAUAAGAAGCAUCCAACUGUCACAUCUGCUGUACUUUCUGCACCACUGACCAGGUCUGCUCCCAUAUCUUCUGUGGCUCAUACUAAAUCCACCCCUUCUCAAUAUGUACCCAUAGCCCCAGCCAUCAGCUCACCAACUUUGGCAUCACCACCUGUUACUUUGAAAACUAUAUCCAACAGUUCUAAGAAUACUAUCAAAUCAUCUGGUACCUACUACCCUAUUCCCGGCGUAUCUAAGUUCAAGCUAACACCAUCGCCAUCUUCAAAAAUAGCUUCUAGCAGGAAAACAAUGUCUUCUAAUCAUCAGGUUAUUGCAGGUCACCCCCUCUCGUCAGGGAGUAACUCUAUCUUGACCCCUAAUGGAGUUUGUCUAACAUUAUCCCCUAUUCCUUUAAUUGCACAGGGAACACCUUUGGCUCAACAAAAUAAUAUUCUUGCAGGAGUGAUUCCACUAACUUCACCAAAUUUAGCACCAACAUUUGUUAACAUUUCUGGAAACACAUUUUUGCCAACUGCACAUGGUCAGUACCUUCAGCCAAGUGAACUACUCACGUCUAAUGUCCUUCAUCUUGUUCAAAACCCAUCAGCUCCAGCUAGCAGUAGCACAAGAGAGACUGUCAAUUUUCCAAAUCGAACUAGUUCUGCUUUUCUCCAAACCAAGCCUGAAAUCUCUGGCACCUGGUUAAGCUUAAAGAAGAGAAUGUAUUUCUCUGUUCAGCUCAAUUGUGGGAGACCAUUUUGUAAACUCAAGAAAAAAGACCAUUACCAUUGUUUAGAUUGCAACCAAGCUUUCUCUGAUCCUGCCAGACUUAGAACUCACUUGGGUAAACAUGGUUUCAGGUUUCAAAAAUCUGAUGACAAAACUGACAAUAAAGUUAGCCCCAAUGCCCUGGACCUGAAAAUUUCUACAAAGCUUGAUGAGGACAAAGGAGUCCUCUCAGAGUCUGAAGAUGACCCAGCUAAUUCAUCUCUUAAUUUACAGCCAUCUGUAUUUGCUAGUAUGGUCACUGCCACUGCUAAGAAUGAAGAUGCAUCAGUAGCUGUGCCCUUGAAUGGCACUAAUUUUAAUAAUCAAAGCCCAGAGAGAAAUAGUAAGAACACUAGUGAUGAACAUCUUCUUAACCUGUCAUCAGUGGAUGAUAAUUUAGAGGAAAGCAAUGAUUCUAUUCUUAAUGUUUCCUCCUCAAGCUUAACUCUCUGCUCAUCACUUUCUUCACCUAAAUCUGUCUCUAAGCGACCUUUUGAUCAAACUACUGAUGUCGAUGCAGAGAUUACUGAGCCAAAGCAAAGAAAAAUGAAUGGUUCAGAAGCAAGGAUGGGGGAUAUUCCAGGAGGUUACAAGAGAGUGAGGUGCGGAGAAGACUGUGGCCAUGUGCGUUGUGCUUACAGACAGACUGUAACGCACUACCACUGUACCCGGUCAGACUGCGGCUAUGGCUUUAGUGAUAAGUUACGCAUCAUGCAACAUCAAGUCCGGCAUGACCGUCUUGACGCCUUGAUGGGAAAUGAAUUCCAGCAGUUCCGAGCGUCUGUCAGCUGUGAGAGGCCUAACUGUGAGUUCGAUGAGAGGGCGUCCCACUUUCACUGUUUAAAGUGUAUGUACUCUUGUGCUGACUCCAGUAAAGUGCCAGCUCAUCGUAAAUUCCAUGCCAAACUUGAUAAGAUCAGCAGCAAUGGCUUCAUCAAGUAUUCAGGGUCUGCCGACUGUCAGGUUGCUACCUGCUCGUACUUUCGCAAGCAGACUCAUUAUCAUUGCACUUUUUCAGGUUGCAAGCAUGCUGUCCUGGGUCCCUCCCAGAUGGCAGCACAUAAACUUAAGCAUGAUCAAUGACAGUCAUUUAUAUAGUCAUAUUAAUCUCAAGCAAUGCAAUAAGUUAACAUAAUAUAAACUUUGCUAUUUAUUCAUGAAAUCGGAGGACCAUCAACUUGUGUUUAUUCCAAAUAUCUUAUAAUCUUUUUUGUCUGAUUUGAAGUAAUUUAAAUUGAAUUGCACUGAAUUCCUCAUCAAAGAGUCAUAAGUUAUUUAAUUUACUUUAUAAUAAUAGUUUUUUUAAUUGCUGUGUGCACAUAAUUGGUUUUGAAAACAUUGCGUUGAACAAAACAAUUUGUAAUAUGAAACUUAAUACCUUUACAAGUAUUUAACUUAAUAGUAUUUCUUCAUUUCAAGUGAAUUAGAAACUUUAGAGCUUUGAUAAAAAAAAAUAUUAUAAUACUAAUUAGAAGCUUGAAUUUUAUGCAGUAACUUUAAAAUCAGAACAAUUCAAAUGUAUAUGUAGCACAUGGCUAUAGAAAAGUUAAAGUAAAGCUCAUUUCUUCAUCAAAUUAUGAUCACUUGAAUUUUUCAGAUAACCAUAAUACUUUACUUGAAAAUCAGAUUUCAAAAAAUGUAACUUGAACUUGGUUGGAUUUGUGCAUUCUUUCUUUUAGUACAUGGGCAUAUACACUACUAGUUCAAUUGUAAUACAUAUAACACUGUGUGGACUUCUUUUUUGUGCUAAAAUAAGGUAUUAGUCUAGGAACUAACAGUUCAAACUCAAGUUUUGUUUUGUAAUAUAGAAAAUUAUUCACUCUUCUUUUGAUGUAAAAUGCUACACUAUUAUUGUUUGUAUACUCUUACUUUCAAAUGUGUUGUUGUAAUGCAACUUGACGUCUAAACAAGCAUAAUUAUUUGAUAGUAUCUUUAUGGAGAAGCCGAAGAGCUAAUCAGAAGUCAGGAUAAAAAUUAGAGAUUUAUAUUCUGCAUAUUGAACCUAUAGCAAUAUGUGUCUCUUAAAUGUUAUUUUAAAACUGUUAUAGCAACUAUAACAAAUCUUUAUCCAAGUAGAUGUUUGUUUUUAACUUUUUUAUUUAUCUAUGGCUCUAUGCAAAUGAUUUGUACUGCUGAUAAAUUUUUUGUUUCACCUGAUUGCUCUUUUUUUUUUAAUCUUACACUGCUGGUGUACACAGUUGUUGUUUUUUUUUACUGCUGAUUCAAUUCUUUGAUUUAGACUUUUGUUUUUCCUUUUCACACUGUUAUUGUAAGAUUUCUACUGCUGAUUCAACUCUUUGAUUUGGACUCAUGUUUGUCCUUUUCACACUGUUAUUCUAAGAUUUCUACUGCUGAUUCAACUUCUUGAUAGGGACUCAUAUUGGCCCUCAUAAUUUUUAUUUCUUGUGUAAAUUUUUAAGAAGUGAACAAAUAUUUACAUAUUUUGAUUUUAGAUAAUAAUUAAUGGUAAAAUAUAUCAAAUAUUAUACUGUCCCCAGACUGCUGAUUUUUUUAUAUUUAAAAGAAAUAAACAGUGUGCCAUAAUGCGUGUGCAGUGAAACAGAAACAAGUAAAUAGUUAAAAUUAAAACUAUUGCAAUAUGCAAACGAAUAUAAAACAUUAUUUUUUUAAAUCUUCUCCUCAGUAAUUUUGUACUGCUGAUAUUUUGGUUUGGCUAUUGAUAAUAUUUGUACAAUAUUUGUACUUGUUGUUCAAAAGUUGUUACUUUCAUUCAUGUUCCUAAUAUGAUAUAUAUAUCAUAUAUAUAUAGGAUGUUCCUGUAAAUAUUUUGGUAUUAUUUUUCUUAGUGAUAGUCAUUUGUUUGAUUUUUACCCAAAACCUAAUUUGAUAGUUUUGUUUUUGUCUAAAAAUUUAUUAUACAGUGUGUUAUUUUGUAAAUUAUCUGUGAAUCAAUUUCAGUUUAUUUGUGUAGUCUUUGCAGUAUUCCUGAGCCACUGUUUGCCAUAUUGGUACUACAUCGGCACUUUUUAUGUGCGUUUAGUGUUAAAUUGUGUUUAGAACCUUGUUUAGUGUCGACUGAAUUCACUAAUCACUUUAUGUAAGCACACCUCAGUUCCAUGAAAAGAAAACCAUUGCUCUGAUUAUUCCUGACUUAGCCUUAACAAUCAUUCCAUCCAGUUCACUAUACUUGUUUGUCACAGCUGAUGCUUGCUAUGCAUUCCUGACCUUUUCACAUCUUUUAUAUAAAAAACUAUAUAUAUUUAUAAAGUAUAUUAUUCAAACUGCUGACUGUAAUAAUGAAAUGUAGAGUUCCAGUGUGUUUUAUUAUUUUAAUGUAUAUUUUGAAUAUAUUUUAUACAAUGUAUGUUCACUAUUUAUGUUGUUUUGAGUACUGCUGGAAAAUGUUGUUUUGUACUGCUGAAUCUGUUACUAGAACAUAGUGUCUUGUUGUCUUAAUGGUUGUUGACACAGAAUUCCAUUCAUGCAUUAAUUUAACAAGCUCUUUUAAUAAUAUGUAGUAAGUUGUUGUUUUUUUUAGGCAUUCUAAAGAAAAUGUAUUUUUAAUCAUCUGAACAUUGUGCAAAAAAAAAGUCUGAGGUUAGUAUGGUUGGAUCAUAGUGUUAAGUGUUACCAAAACAACCAAUUUUUUAUUUUUAUUUUGGGAGACUUAAGUGACAAUAAAGGAUGCAAAAAAAAAAGUAUAAUAUAAGUAUAUUUAAAAAUCUGAUCCUCAUUAAUUGUGCAAGGCCUGUUUCAAAGCCUGACUGUUGUUACACUUAAAUAAUCAUUAUGCUUAAAUCUUAAUAUUUAGAGCUUAACGUCAAACUGUGUAUGUUGUAUUUAGCAAUAAUAAUUGUUGAAGUUGGAGGAUUCAUGGUAGAGAUUAAAUGAUUUAAGCAAAGCUAGAUUAAAGAAUCAAGGUCUUACAUUCUUAGCUUCUUUUGAAAUUUACUUCUUUUAUUUAUGGAUAAAUAUAAAAGAUACUUCUCCUCUAUACUUAAUUGCGAACUAUAACUGUAUGAUGGGAAUGAAUGUAAGAUAACUAUAAUAACAUAUGAAAUUAUCUUUCUGAAACUAUAUUGAUUUUAUUCCGUGGUCUUUAUUUUAUGCUGCAGUCAUUCUGUUUAGAAAAUUACAUUUAAGUGAGAUGAGAAUAAUCCUAUUAUGUUGUGCUCUAUACUUUCACCAUGAUGCUAUAAAUCCUUCAGUUGAAUAUUUGUCUCAUAUUUUCUAUCACUGUGAUUAUUUUCUUUUGAAUCAGCUGGAAGGUGAGCAUAGUGAAAAUGAAAAAGGUGGUUCCAGCUAGAUGACUCUAUACAAAUCCUAUUGGCACAAUUUAUGUGUUCUGUGGGCCAGGUUGUUGUUGUUGUUUUUCCAACAUGCCAGGUUUUGAAAAUUGUGGACGAAACUUUACAUCUGUAUUCUGUAUAAAUUUCAUUCUCUUUUUUUUUAACUUAACACACAACCUCUGCAUUUUAUUUCAUUGUCCUGCAAGUCUAAAUGUGAUUUAAAAGUGUUACAUUUGGCUCCUUUGCAUAAUUACCUCUUUGAAACCUCAAGGUACCACAAAAAAAAUGAAACUCAACCAGCAAUUUGACCUUACACCUUUGGCAUGGCAACCAAGAAAUCUUUAACUUUCCAUGAUAUUUGUCAUAUACUGGUGUUGACACAGUAUAAAUAUCUAGUUUUAUGAGUAUGAAUUUAAGUGUUUCUCCAUAGUUUAGCAAGCCGUGUGUGGUUCUUUACAUGCUUGUGUAUACAACUUUUUAAAAUGUUUUAACAUUUUUCAAUGGUACCUUUUAGAAUUCACAACAAAUGUUGUUUUUUAGGGAUGUCAUAUUGAAUAGGUGAUGCUUCAGUUCAAUAUUACAUUAAUGUCUACGUUUAAAUUUGCUUUGGGUUGUUUAUACUAUGUUUUAUUCAAUGUUUUAUUCAUUGGUUGUUACUAAGUAUUUUAUUGUUUGUACUGCUUUGUAAUGAAACUAAAUGCAACAAAUAUACUAUAUAAAACAUUUCUAAAUGAGUUUGUAUCAGAGUAUCAGUAAAAGCAAGCAAGAGCUCUUAACAUUUUUCACUUAUGAAAUUCACUUGACACCAACACUCUUGGUCAGAGAAAAAGUUGCAUAACAAUAACAUUUAAAACACUAAAUUAACCAAAAAAAGACAUACAGAUAAAAUUGUAUUUCCAUAUGAUAGGAAAAAUGUGUACAAGAACAACUUCUUAAUAAGGAGACAUUUUUACAUUAAUAGGAAUAGAACAGUUCAAAUCUAUAUAAUGAACUGAAAAAUUAGAGAUGUGUAUAUGUAUUAAGAGUGUAAAAACUAUAAUAUUAUUUUGAGAAAGAAUUUUUAAGCAUUAAGGUUAAAAGAAACAUUGUAAUUUUUUUUUUGUUUAAAAAAAUACAUAUUUUUUUUUAGUUUGUUGUUUCCUUGGCACAGAUUGCAAAAAGCUUUUUGUUUCCUUUGCACAGAUUGCAAAAAGCUGGCUUGGUGAAGGUCAGAAAGUUUGUGUUGGGUAUGGUCUUUGUGGUGUGUUUGUGUGGUUUGGUA